AUGCUCAAAAGUUGUUUAUUCCUAAAUCAUGACAAUGAUGACAAUGAUGACAAUGAUGAAAAUGAUGACAAUGAUGACAAUGAUGACAAUGAUGACAAUGAUGACAAUGAUGACAAUGAUGACAAUGAUGACAAUGAUGACAAUGAUGACAAUGAUGACAAUGAUGACAAUGAUGACAAUGAUGACAAUGAUGACAAAAAUGAAAGAAAGGAUAUAAUAAAAUCAUUUAAUGAUAUGGCGGAUAGACAUGAGCAAAAUUCAUACUUAGCAUCUCAUAUUACGAUUUAUCAGAUUAAGAGACGAAGAAAUAGGUCUGAGAAAAAUUGUGCUUCGCUACAUGACUGCUCGUAUGGUUUUCGGGUAAGAGUUAUGAGGGAAAAUGUCGUUCACGAAGUUCCAUUGUGUAUUAAAGCUUUUGCUGCUAUACAUGGCAUUACAAGAUCAAAAAUUGAAUAUGUACAAAGGUCCUUGCAACUUGCAGGGAAAGCUCCAAAAGACAAGCGUGGAACACAUUCUACCAGACCACAUAAACCUUCUCUGAUUACUGGACAAAAAAUUGACACUCAUAUUAAAUCAUUUAAGGACAGAAAAAGCCAUUAUAGCUUAAAUAAAACAAAAAAGAUCUAUCUUCCAGAAGAUCUCAAUAUUAAAACAAUGUAUGGAUUAUUUCAAGAAAAAUAUCCUGAAGUCAAUAUAUCCUAUGAAACCUACAGGAAAAAUUUUAAACGUUACAAAAUAUCCUUCGGUUAUUCCCGUUCGGACACAUGUAUUACUUGCGACAAAUAUCUGGCCGACAUGAAAAGUUUGGAGAAUAGUACUGAACCAUUUGUUGAAGCCAGAAAAAGGAAACUUACCACUUUGAAUGAUGUACACAAAGCUAAAGCUCAAAGUUUCUACUCAAAAAAAAAGAGCUGCGAAAAACCACUCUAA